AAUAUCCAUCGAUUGGUUAACGUUCAAUAGUACAGAUGUCUGCCAUAGCAACUGCGACAUCGUUUGGUUUAUCUAUAAGUUAGUGCAAAGCUCGUUUCUAUGGCAAUAUCACAUCAAAACUGGUGUGCAGUAUUAGGAAUCGUAAGGAUCAAGUAUGUCGUUAGAAAAGCUUCCAGUUGUCCAGUUGUAGUCGAAUGUGACGGGUUUAGUAAACAUUUUGCCAGUCUAACUGAUAAUGAUCGCCCUCAAUAUGGCGAAUGGAUUGCGUCUUUUGUCCUUGUUUAUUUUGGCUCUGGUACCGUUAUCGUUUCAACAUGAUCAACAACUUAUCCAGCUAAUUCUCAGCUGGGAGGAUGAAACGUGUCCUGGAACGGUAGUAGUUUUCGACAAACACCAUUGGACGGAAGAACACGUCUUGAUUGACCAGUUGAUCCUACAAUAUUCAAGACCUUUGACUUUACUGCAGAGUUUCGGAAACUAUGGGCUGAUGCCAGAUGACGAUUCCUGGACUGGUGGAGUUGGGUCGUCGUUGGAAACGCUGUGCAAUAACGUAAUUCUUUUUAAUCGCUAUCCCGCUGAUUUAACAACAGUCUAUCGCCAGCUGACGGCUCGUUAUCCCUACAUUGGGCAAGUCCUAGUCGUGACUCCUAGUGCAUCUGAACAAGUCGAACGGUUCCUCCACGAAUUUAAAAAUCACAAGAUCAUGUUGGUAAUCAACCGUCCUUGGCGUCAUCUGGAGUUACGCAAUUGCUGUUGGGGACCUGAUCGCCGAAUUCGGCGAGUUGAUCUUCUGCCGGAUUCUACAGUUCGCUGGGAGGAGUUUGGUCUCCGCACUUCAAGAAUAACAGAAAACAGAUUGCAAGACGACAAUCAAGUUGCUGAACCGUCUGGCUAGUACGAUGAGUUGUCAUGAAGAUUCCCUCCGGAAAUAGCCUUCAUCGGCUUUUUGCACAUCUCUGAAACCACCGUAGCAAGUAUUUGACUGAGUAAACGACACAGCAUUCGAAGUAAUCGAAAAUGUAAACUUGUAGACGCAUUUUUACCGUUUAUCCAUGCAAUUAUUAGCGCUUCUGUCUAUUGUUACUACAACCGUAAUAGUCACUGAGGUUUGCCUAUAUUACUUCUGGAUGUUAUAAAUAAUAACCUGAAUUGAAAUGGUGUCCGAUAUAAUCAAUACACUUAUAAAACAAA